AACAAAUGGAAACGUCACUUCAAACAAAACGAAAAAUCGAUCGAUAAAUUGCCCUAUUUCCUAACAGUGUAUCAAUUUAAAAUACCCGGCUGAUCAAUUAUUAAAUAUCAAUUAUGCAAAAGUGUAACGACGAUAAUAUACCUCUAGCAGACGACGACCCACAAGUGAUAAUUAACGAUGAAAUAGAAAACAAUCAUUUAGAUCAUGGUCGUUCAAUGGACUCAUUGCCGAGUUCCUAUACUGGUGGUUCCUCAAGCCCUGGCCUCAAUGGGCCACCUAGUUUCGAGCCAGAUUCCGGAAUCGAUGAACAAGAAGAAAAAGCCCGCCUUAUAUCACAGGUCUUGGAAUUGCAGAAUACAUUAGAUGAUCUAUCCCAAAGGGUGGAUUCGGUGAAAGAAGAAAAUCUGAAACUACGCUCAGAGAACCAAGUCUUGGGACAGUAUAUAGAAAACUUAAUGUCUGCAUCAUCUGUUUUCCAAUCCACUACACCUAAUAUUGUCAAGAAGUAAAAACUAUUAGAAUGGUUGAAGAGAUUUGGCCACACUAGCUUUCUGGUCUGGCAACACUGGAAACACUGCAAAUGCUUUUGUAACAACACCAAAAGCUGGUACCUUUUUUCUUUUUUGUAAGGCUGAAAGUCAAAGGAGCUAUAAUUAUUACCACCAAAAUAGUUUUUUUGUGAAACUGUUGGUGGUUAUAAUGGUAAAUUCAUCAGUCCUUAAUCAAUCUUUGGACACUGAUAACAUUCUGGAAUCUCAAUCAUAAAGAUCUAUUUUGGUAUCUCAAAUUGUUUAGCCUUUUUUAAAAAGACUUUCAGCCUUUAUUAACAUUAUAUGAAUAUAAAACUUAAUAUGCAUAAGUCAUGUAAGUAGUCUAGUGGGACUAGUGAGAGGCACUGAUAAGUAGAAAGUAUAAUAUUGUUCAAUGUAAAUAGGGUAUGGAUAUCUACUAGACUAAUUUCAUUUCUAAUGCAAAAAGAGUUUUUAUACUAAUUUCAAAGACUCAAUGCACUGCCUUUUGAGCUGUCACACUGACAGCAAAGAGUUUGUGUUGUAAAGAGGCUUAGCUUCAGAAGCAAUGCUGAUAAAUGUAUAAUUAUUUUAGCACUUCUUAUUGAUAAGUAUGUACUUACAAAAAUAUGGAUAAAACUUAACAUUGAUGUUAAUGUUUUAUACUUUAUUUUGUAAGUAAUUGCAUAAAUGAAAUGAAUAGGUGUAAGAUUUUCAAACAUGAUAAAUAUACACUAAUGUCUUUGGAAAUGUAAUCACUAUGUUAUUGUUCAUUCAUAAAGUUUAAUUUCACUUGCACUUACAUGUUUUGGAAACAGGGCUUAUAUUUGCUUACCCAAACCAAUGUGACAUUUUUAUUUAUUGAGAUUUAUUAUAAUUUUUACAAAUGUAAUUCUAAUAAAUAUUGUUACGUAUUUUAUUUUUGUAAUGUCAUUCAUAGCCAGGUAAAGACAUUCCAUUUAUUUUUUAUAGUAAAGUUAUUUUCACAUGCUCUCUAUCAUCUAUCAUUCAAAAUAUAUUAUUGUAAAACCUGCCUUAUUAUAAUUAAUGUUAAUGAUUUUAAUAAAUUGCUUUAAUUUUAAGCUUAUGAGUAUUAUAAUUUGUAAUUAACAUUACCUUUUGUUUCAUUUUUC